AUGCUUGAAUUUUCUGAGAAGCUGACAUUUGUUGCGGCAGUAGCUCUGGCUGUCCUGGCUUUGGGAGGUUCGUCCCCGGUAUUGGUGCCUGAGCCUAUUCGCUGCGCUCCGUGUACACAACAGAUGCUGAGCAACUGUCCCGCACUCUCUGCUGACUGCAAGCAAGUGCUGAGAGAACCAGGCUGUGGUUGCUGCAUGGCUUGUGCUCUGGAGAAAGGAGCUUCCUGUGGGGUUCACACAGCCCACUGUGGUGAGGGUCUACGCUGCACUCCCAGGCCAGGUGAGGCCAGACCACUGCAUGCCCUGACCAGAGGACACGGAGUGUGCACUGAAGAUGUGAGACAAGAGGUAGCUGAUGAAGUCCAAGAACAUGACUCUGUGCACUACCUUUUGGGACUUAAUCUUCCAUCUGAUCACCAAGACGCUGCCGAGGGCCGUGAGAGUUUAAAAGCAAGAGUUAAUGCUAUUCGCAACAAACUGGUACAGCAGGGUCCCUGUAAUAUUGAACUGCACACAGCACUGGACAUGAUUGCCAGUUCUCAGCAGCAACUGGGUGAUAAGUUUACAACAUUUUACCUCCCAAACUGUGACAAACACGGCUACUACAAAGCCAAACAGUGUGAGUCCUCUCUGGUUGGGCCGCCUGUUCGCUGCUGGUGUGUUUCAUCUUGGAACGGGAAGAAGCUCCCAGGAUCCAGUGACCUUCUUGCUAAUGCACAAUGCCAUCAAGAAGCCACUCUUUAAGAUAUGAACUAACAUAAGAAAUACAUAAAUGUAUUA